AUGGGAAAUUCUCCUCUUAAAACAAUUAAUACUUAACCUUAAACAACUUUGAUUAAUUCCUUUGUAGACUAUAUUUAUAUCGAAAACAUAGAAAACUCUGAUAAUUAAGAUACCUUAAGCAUUGCCACAACAGAUUUUUAUACGACUUAAAGAAAGAAUUCAUAAUCGUCCAUUACUGAGGUAUUAUUCUAUUAAGUUUUUAGAUAAAGUAUACAAAAGUCAGAUAAAAUCAAAUUAUUUUUAUAUAAAAAAGUAUAUUAGAAAAAAUAUUUUAGCCUUUUCCCUUACUGAUAUUAAUCAAGAAAUCAUUGGUAUUAAUCUAAAUUGA